UCGCGUUUCGCUCCCCCGGUCCUGUUCGGCCCUCCCGCUGGCCGUGUUCGCCUCUCCCCUCUUCCUUGCUCUGCCCCAGAGGCGACUCUCGGGGAUCUCUCAACCGUCUCCGAUCCCUCCCUCACCUCAUACCUGCCGCUCCAGCCGAUCGCUGUCGCGUGCCGUCUGCCCAAGCCCAGGUCGCCCACUCCCUCCUCGGAUCCUCAAUCUCCCUUCCGCCCUUUCUGUUCGAGGCGGGACAGCCGUUCGAGUUUGGAGGACAUCUUGCCGCAGCAAUGGCAUCGACUUUCGUCGGGCUUGAUGUUCGGCUGCAACACAAGAGCGGCACUCAGAUCUUGGGCCGGGUCCGGAACAUCGACGUCUCCACGCAGCUCCUCUUGCUCGAGAAUGUCACAGUCAUCGCCCCACACGGCCAAGAGAUCCGUUUGCCGACUUAUCAGCUCCCUGGCUCGGACAUUGUCGAUAUCGAGUUGGCCACCCAGCCUCCGGGCCACUCGCUCGCAUCCGCUCGGCCGCUGUCUGACCCCAGUCCCCCGCUGCACCCCAGCCCGGCUCAGGCCCUCGCUGCAGCUUCGGAUCGGCAGGAUCGCUCGUCAGUCACAGCCCCGACCCAAUCCAACCAGACAUUUGUCGACCCGGCCAUCCUCUCGUUCUCGGUCGGAAAACCCGAUGGUCUAGCACAACCCGCUCCUAUCUCUGGACAAGCCCCUCCGCUGGCACGCUCGGCCACAAGUGGAGGCACAGCCGAUGGAGCAGGGCCCUCUUUCCCACAUUCCGCCGAGUCCUCCCUGAACUCGUCCUCUGCUGUCCUGAGCAGCUCCCUCCAGAGGAAGGCCGCGUCUCCUGCGAUGGCACGAUCAAAGACGGGCAGCUCCAGGGGAUUGUAUGCCAGCCCUUCGAGACCUCGCCAGAGCCGAAGCCGGAACCCAAGUAGCGGCGGGAAAAGCACGGGCUCACCAAGGAGAAGCCGCGACCCUGGGCUCGAUCGCCGGCUCAACGGUCCUCGAUACGAUGAGAACCAGUGGGCCGACAGCGACGUCGGCGAGUACACCGACGAUUUCGACUUUCAGUCGUCGCUGCAGCUCUUUGACAAGCGGAGCAUCUUUGCCGAGAUUGCCUCGUCCGACUCCAAACCCGCCGACCAUCUCCUCGUCAACUUGAACCGCCGCAAACCCCAGUCCGCAAACAUCGGGCAGAUCAAGCUUGGCAUCCGGGAGAUGGCCCUCAGCGGAGACGAAACCGGCAACGACGCCGAGGUUGAGAGCACUGAAAAUGAGGAAGAUGGCAUCAUCGACGACCAGUACCAUGGCCCUCUGAAGCGGACAAGAUUCCGCACCUAUUUCGGCACACCCGUGCCCUCCGUAACGCCCUUUGAAAUGGCCGAGAUCGAGAGAAUUACCGUAACGGAGACCGGGCCAAACGAAGAGCAACUCAUCGAGAACGGCGGCCGAGGCGCGGCUAUGUUGGUGCUCCAGGCUCUGGGAGGCAGCCGGCGCAUCAAGCCGGGCAAUCACAACUCCCCGCCUAUUGUUGCGGUUCUUGCAGGCAAUAACAGGAUCGGUGCAUAUGGCUUGGCUGCGGCUCGACACCUGUCAAACCACGAAUGCCAAGUGAUUGUCUGUCUGAUCGGAAGCGAUGAGGAUCUCUCGAACACGGUCUCCUACCAAAGGAAGAUCUUCAUACCUACGGGCGGGAGCAUUGUCAGAUCUGCCCGAGAGCUUCCUGGACUUUCGCAACCUGUGGACCUGAUCAUCGAUGCCAUCUUUGGGGCUCAGCAAGGCCUGCUGGAUCUGAACGAGUCGGAGCGGUUCAUGGUGUCGGGGAUGAUCAAAUGGGCAAACGACAACAAGGCACCGACCCUGAGCCUGGAUAUUUCCUCUGGCAUCAACGGCGUGGUUGGCCAGCCCACUGCCCCCACCAGCUACAUCCAUUCGACAUGGACCCUGGCCAUGGGCCUCCCCAAGACCGGAACGCCGUCCCGCGAGAUCUCUGGCGAGUUGCUGCUCGCGGACAUUGGCAUCCCCAAGAUUGUGUUUCAGAAGCUCAGUCGCAGCAACGGCCCAGCAGCCGUGCCUCUCAACAUCAGCGCUGGCGCCAGUCCCGUGGGCACGCUCGGAGCACGCUCCAUCGGCAAGAUCCGGUACAUUCCGCCGUUUGGCGACAAGUUUGUCGUUGGACUCGAGGAGAUCCCGCUGGGGGAGGAAUAGCCCGACCCCUGGAUGCCCAGAUGAAAUCGGCACUGGACGCUGCAUUGUCUCGUUCGUGAAUGUUUGUCCAUGGAUGCUGUCCAUGGUCUUGGUCCUUGGACUCUGCUUUUCUUCCUUCCCCUCUCCCGCCCUCCCUCACAUACACAAACUCUAUCUAUCUCUCGGUGGCUCACCAUUCCAUUGUGCUCUCUGCAUUGCAUCUGAAAUCUCACCUUGACCAUCCCA